UAUGAGAUUGAAUAAUAUGUAGUACAAUAUUACCUCCAUGGACGUUAACUAGAACGCUAGAAUUUAAAACAUUCAAACAUGGUACAGACAUGACAAACUUGCUCUGGCUUUUGACUCGAUAUUCAAAGUCAAUGUUUGUUUCCUAAUAGAAGAAGAAAUAAAAAUUUUGAAUUGGUUACAUAACCUAAUUGUGUAGUUAUUAAUUUAUUUAUAAUUGUGUAGUAUUUAUUGAUAACUUGAUAUAUAGGAAAAGAAUCCAACUGACGAUAAAAAAGAAAGCAUGUAUUUAAAUUAAGAUUAAUGAUCAAACAUCGAAAAUGUCCGGUAAACUUGCACCUAAUUCUUUUAGAAGUGUCUUCAAAACUAUAGACAAAGACUUAGUGAGAUGGUUUCCAGGUCAUAUGGGCAAAGGCUUGAAGCAAAUGCAACACAAAUUAAGGUCUGUAGAUUGCAUUAUAGAAGUCCAUGACUCGCGAAUCCCAAUUUCUGGAAUAAAUACUGAUUUCAAGUAUACAGUGAGUGGAAUAAAACCUCAUAUUUUAGUACUAAACAAAGUGGAUUUAAUAGAUGCUCGUUACAAAUCAUUAAUAGAAAAUCAUUUGAAAGAUGACUACAAACAUGUAAUAUUUACCGAAUGUAAAAAUCAACAGUGCAAUGGACUUAAACAAAUAUUUCCAUUAGCCCAAAAGUUAAUCAAGGAAUCAGAUAGGUAUAAUCGAGCAACUGAAGAAGACUGCAAUAUUAUGAUUAUUGGUGUUCCUAAUGUCGGUAAAUCCAGUUUGAUUAAUGCUCUUAGAGCAAGAUAUUUUGGAAAAGGCAAUGCCACUACAGUUGGAGCUGUUCCAGGUGUCACAAGAAGUGUGUUACAUAAAAUAAAAUUGUCAGAUAAGCCUUUGUUCUAUAUGUUAGACACUCCUGGAAUAUUAUCACCUAAAAUUUCUAAUGUUGAGACAGGUUUAAAACUAGCUUUGUGUUCUACAAUAGCUGAUCAUAUGGUAGGAGAAAGAAUUUUAGCUGAUUAUUUGCUGUACUGGCUAAACAAAAAUGAACAUUUUGAUUAUGUAAAGGUUUUUGAUUUAGAAGAACAAAGUGAUAAUAUUUUAGAUGUUUUAACACAUGUUGCUAAAGUCAAUAAAAAAUAUCUAAAAUUUAAAGAUACCAUGAAUAAUUAUAUUAUUGCUCCAAAUCUGGAUCAUGCUGCUAAUAUGUUUUUAAAGGCAUUUAGAACUGGUAAUUUAGGAAAAAUCAUGUUAGAUGAAGAUAUUAUUAGGUAGCAAUAAAUAUUAUUUGUAUUUGUUUUAACUAUUAAAAUAGUUCCUUUCAUAAUUUGUUUAUUUGGCCUUACUACAUAGAACUAAUGGAACCUACUAGAAUAGUAAAACAAGUAAUGGGAAGGAAGUUCUACAACAGCUUAAUUUUUUUAUAACAAAUAUAUUUAAAAUUAAUAAUGUUUCUUAAUUAUUUCUGAAAUGUCUCUUCUACAGGAUUGUGUUAGCUAAUGUUUUUAAAAUACAGAAACUUAUGGAUCAUAACUGGUGUCUUUAGAUUGUCUUCCCACAGACCUCUAUAAAUUUUAGAGUCAAACUCUUGUAAAUACGUUUAUCUUAGAAAUGUGUAUAUGUGUUUCCUCAUAUCUUAACCAUCUAAGUCAAAAAAGCAGCAUCUCGGUUCAAGUGAG